AUGCCUAUGCGUUUGAGAGCUGAGAAGCGAAUGAGAAAGUUGCUUCUCGAGCAACUUAAGGAACGUCAGCAACACGGUGCCAGAAUUGCUCAGGGCCACAAGACCCCAGAGGACUUACAAAAGUUGAAUUUGGGCCCACAAGUUUUCGUUUUUAAAAAUUUAUUUAGUGGUCAGAUUUUGUACUCACAAGUGCCUGCUUAUCACCAAGAACAGAUAGAUGCCCAGUUCCUUAAUCCAAAUUGGCAGAAUAGAAAACCUUCAAGGAGACAGGACUUGUGGAAGAUCAUGUGUGUUGCAAAUUUUGACAAUUAUGAGUACGCGAACGCAGCUUACCAAGGAUUGCUUGAUCUCAGGAAAGCCAGGGAUAUUUCCCAAAAAAAGAAUUCAAACGAACUAAGAAGAAAGAACGAUGACGGGAACGUAUGGUUUUCAGGACAAUACAGACCUACGUAUUCACAAGAGGCGGUAGCAGACUUGGCUCAUGUAAUAGAUGAGUUUAAUUUGGAACGGACAAAGUUGUUUUGGGAAAAUGAGUGGAGAAGAGGUGAAGACAAAUACUGGAGAGCCGACUUGGUAGAACACGAUAAGCUACCAGUUUUCAAUCUCAAACACCAGACUGUUUUAUUGGACGUGAUGAGGGCCAAAGCAGUUGAGGCAUUUGCCCAGGAAAGAGCCAAGCAGGAGAAUGUGGAGGGGGCACAAACCUCAGAUGCUGUGGUUGCGUGA